CUUUCAUCACGCAUCACAGGGUUUAGUCCGAGGCUAAACGCCGGAAGACUUCAGUAAACUGCGGCCACUUGCGAUUGAAACGACUGUGGUAAGUAAUUCUUAGAGAUCUCGAAUCCCAUUUAGAGCUAGCACGCCGUUUCUAGCGGCUUCAUUUUAGGUGCAGAAACUCGAGGUCAAUAUUUGCACUCCAUGAGAACUUAACAGCGUUGUCUUUUUCAGCUACUUGCGUGCAAUCAAAUGCAGUGUUAAUCUACUUAGCUCUUUUUUGUAACCAUCAAAUUGAAAAGCCUUUUUCAAAAGAUUUUAAGAACUUCCCGUAAUGUGCCCCUUGUAAAAGAGCUAAGUUACAGGGACCGCGCAGCAAGUUUUCGAGUGGGGGGGCUAAAGAAGAAUGCGUGAAAGAAAAUUUUUUGGGGGGGGGGCGGGGGGGCAUGCUCGUGGAUUUCUAUUCAAUUUCUCUAAAGUGACGGAGAAUGCGACUAACGAUAAAACUAUUGAUGUUUUUCCACAUCUUCAGUGAUGUUGCUAUCGGGUCUGAAAAUUCACCAUCACUAAAUUGAAAUAUCAUGGAUUAUUAUGUUAUACUACUGAUAUCAACCUUUAAUUACUAUAAAUAAGCCAGAAAUCUAACGAUUUUGCUUAUGCAGAUCGAGGGGGUUAUCCGCCAAAGCCGAAGGCUUGAGCCCGGUGGAUAACACCCUCCGAGACCUGUAUAUCUUCAUAUCAUACGAAAGCCGAGUUCAAUAAUUGUUUAGUUAUUCAUUCAAAAUAUUUACACGGCAAAACAAAACGGUAACUGAAAAUAAUUUAGUGAAUGAAAAUUCAAUUAUAGAACAGAUUCAGAAAAACGUAGCAAAAAUUAUGCAGAGUUUACUCACCAGAUAAAGAAGGUUUUCCAUUUUGUUUGGAAAAGUAAUCAGAAAUUUUAAGAGAUCUCUUCUUUGCAUUACUAGUGGUAUGUGAAGUCUCGUCGUUCGUAUUUAUGUUGCCGUGUACCAUGUGCACUUCUUUGUUCGUAAUAACCGCCGGAUUGAAAGUUCCUUGAUGACCAGAGCUAUACACAAUUCUGCGGUUUAAGUACUUUCGAUGACAAAAUGUUUUUAUAAACAGACCGCGUUCAACAAAACUUGCAAUUGGAAUGCUCAACGAGCCGUGAAGCCUGACAUCAAAAGACGGACUUCGCGCUGAUCGAGCUAAAAUCAGGACGCACAAUAACAAGAGAAACAAUAACUUCAUGAUCUUCCAAAAAUCAAGGUUGAAAAUAAACAAUUUGUUUGAGAAUCGCCUUAUAAACUAAACCCAGUUAUUACUUUGGAUCGAAAUUGACCAAUUACGAAACAACGCGUUUUCCUGAGAGGUCCGCAGGAAAAAGAAGCCAUUUAAAAGACGUUUACCUCUGCUAGGUUAGAAGCGAAAAAAUAUUUCACAAUUGUAACGACUAAUGCUUCAUUCUGUCUAUUUAUCUGCGCGUUUGUCUUUGCCAGUAACUCUGGUCACUUUCGAUUUUUUGCUAUUUUUCACUCCGUUACUUAUGUUAAAUUAUUUUUUGUUAAAUUUAUUUUUAUUCUUACAAAAAAGUGGGGGGGCUAAAGCCCCCCAGCCCCUCCCUCUGCGCGGUCCCUGAAGUUAGCAAAAACUUUUGUGUACCCACACUCACUAGCUUGUUUUCAGCGUUCCAACGAGAGAAAAUACGCUGCACGUUUCGGUGUCUCAGCGACGCACUUUUGUAAUGCCGCCAAAAAUUUUUUAACACAAGAAACGGCAAAGGAUGUGCUUUAAAAUAGUGUUUGUUUCAUGUUGAAAUUCCGUGUAUCAAUUGUUUUUUUCGAUGGUGAAGUUAGGUCAAAUUUGCCAUUUUUGAAAACAGGCGAAAUCGUGUUUCUUCUUGCGGCCAACACAGUCACAUUUAAACAGCUUAUCUAAAGAUAAUUGCACAAUUAUGAAGUACAAGUCUGUGUUUUCGUUAUGACUUGAUUUCAUUUAGAGAUAUCGUCCCGUUUUUAUGUACGAGCGCGAAGAAAAUGCUUAAUUUUCGCUAAUUUCAUACUCGAAAGAGCGUCGAUUUGGUGUUUUUUAUACUUUGCCCGAUUCAGGAAAAAAUAAAAAGCCGUUACAAGUUUUAAUGUGAUUUUUGAAAUAAGUGUACUAUAGAGAUUAUGUGGGCAAAAUAUGAAGAAAUUCAAAAAUUCACGACUGUCAACCGAUUCUCGAAAAUUACAGACAUUGGCUCUUAAAUGGCCAGUGUUAGCGCUGUCUCAUGUGAAUUAACGAAUAGCUUCUUACUUAUAUCCUGCUUUUACCCUUUUUAGCUUUCGUUUUGUUUCGCCAUCCCUUUAAACCGUAUUUAUAACUGUACCCGAAAAAAAGAAACCAUUUUUGUUUCUAACACUGUACAUGAUCAGCCACGCCUGUAUUUAUACAAACGUUUACAUCAAGUUAGAAUUACAACAACAAUUUCUUUUUUUCUAUUUAAUUUAUUAUAAUUUUGUUUUAUCUUCGUCCUAGUCUCCCUCUAAAAUGAAAGUCUCACGGGUAAUAGUAAGGACAUGAUUGUUAUUGGGUUCAAAGCAUUCGUUCUGGAAGUGUUGCCCAAAUUAGGUCCAUUGGCCUGUUCUGCUGAAGUAUCUUGGUAAAAAGAAAAUUAUAAAGAUACCUGGAAAGAUGCACAACAAGGGUGUAAUACCUUCGGAGGUGUCUUAGGGCGAAGAUUGAAGGUGAUAUCUAAAACAGAUUUUUGAUUCACUUCAAGGAGGUUACUGGUCUGAAGUAAAUGAAACGGAUGUACGUAACGAGACAUUAGCCGUUUUGAGCCCGAAGACUGAGUACCAUGAAUUUUUUCUUUGUAACGGAUCAAUGCGUCAUAAAACAGAAUGUGACACUGAAGUGAAUUUCGAUUUUGUAUUCUUGUUCUCAAAUGAUAUUCACUGAAUUUUAUUAUCAUGGGAGCAGUUUGAAAUAUGUUAUUCCUAAAAAUUAUAUUAAGAUACUUGGAGUUUUCCUAGCGACUUACCUACGAUUUUCGUAGGUUCUUUUUACGCAUUUUAUUACCAAGAUAUUGCGGUUAUUGCUAAAAAAAUAAAGCCGCCUAAAAAUCUCGGUAUAGAGACAGAUCUUUCCCUACAUUGUUUUAAUGAAAGUACUGUACGUCUACUGGAUUUUCUUCGAACUUUUAACCGGACCCAAUCAGGUUAUUUCGGAUGAGACGAAAAAGUCCCCUAAAACCUCUUUGAGACGACCAAAGAUGCCCUAAGACUCGGAACAGAUAAGUAGUUUUUUUAGGGCAGCUCCGAAUUAACCAAACAGGCCUCAAAAGCAUAGAGAAAAUCUUUGAGACACCAACUACCGCAUUGAGAAACAUUCGAUCGUUGGGUGCCGCUGAAUUUACAAUCUAAUAAAAACUCAUGACUAAAAGCAGAAAUGGUUACGCCAGACAUGACCUUAAAUAACUAAAUACCUGAGAAACGGCUCUUCGAGUUUUGAUCCUUUGAAUACUUUUUCCCGUUAAAGGAAAAUAUAAUUUGUUCACAAAGCGGAGCCAACGUCUUGCAGCUUUCAGCUGUUUAUCGGUAAAGCCAACAACUGAUAUGUAAAAAAAAUUGCCAAGCGUUCAAGCAUAAGAUCAGGCAAUUUUCGUCGACGCGCUGUGCACACUUUUUUUAAUUAUCCAUUAUUUUCCUCUCCUUAAUUUCAUGUACUAAUCUGGAGACAAAUUAGUACCUCAACUGGACAAAGCUCACAUUAAAGUGUUAUUAAUUAGCUUGCUUGACCGUAGCCCGUUCUAAUCAUGAAACACUUCCUAUGCAAUAUUUUUUUACUUAUUUGACGAAAUUGAUGCGAUAAAGUUUGAAAGGAUGCAAAUUCAUUUUUUUAGUGAUGUUUUCACUGCCGCCGCCGUCGUCGUCGUUGCUUAAGGUCCCUAAUUUGCUCCCCACUCCACUAUCUCAACGCCUGAAACAGGUUAUGCUUCUGCCGCCUAUGCAUCCUGAAAAGUUUGUGUUUGCUGUGCCGGUUUUGAAGAGAGGAAGUUUAAGCUGAUGUGCGUAGAAUUUUCGUCUUCUUGAUCCUUUCAGUCUCUAACAUUUUUCCAAAUCAUACGCGAAUAACAGUCGACUAAGCAAAAAUAAACAAAACCGCCAACAGUUUGAUGUUUAAUCUUCUACCUCUGUAUUCAAACAGUCCACAUUGGCUUUCGUAUGUAGCCGAAAUACAAAAAUACCGCUUUGAAUAAUGCUAGUGUUUCUUGCUUUAUGGAAAAGAGUUUGAAACAAAAUAAUUUCUUUGGCGCGAUGCCACCAUCUUUACAUUAAAAUCGUUGUUUGGGGGCUAUUAUACGCACCUAAACUGAUAAAUGUAAAGAGAAGACGCAACUUGAUCAUUAUGACAUGAUAAUAAACUCUAUUUUUGCCUGAGAAAACUAUGUUGCCUAUGAGACCUGAAAGAGUCCUGAAAAGUUUGUGACGUACAUAUUACUUUCGUUUACUCCACGGCUGUUCAUCUGUCGGAACACUAAUAACCUACCAGUUGCCAGUUAUAUGUAAUAUGUAAGUUGUUACCUGUUGUUCAAUGGAUGUUGAAUACUUAGAAGGAAUGAAUGGUAAUUUAUGAGUAAAGAGAAAAAGUUGAUUGUUAAAACGUUAUGGGCUAUCUGUCAAUAACGUGCAUGUAGACAAAUUGCACCUCAUUUAACUAUCUAUAGCUAACAGCCGUGUAAUUAACAGCACCUGCAUAUUUUUUAACUUUCUAUUUUGAAAACAAAAUUUUACCGUACCUAUCAGUCUGUUAGUUGAAUGAAAGAAGAGAGACAAGUGUGUCUGCUGUAAAAUUGGGAAGAAAGAAAACGUCGGUACUCCAGGUAAUAGUAAAUUUCCAGUCUCAUGUCUCCUUGCGAUUGCUUGAUCUGACAAGAGAAAUUGUACGUCCACAGAAACGACAGAAACGCGACAUGCUCUUUGUCUGAAAUAUAUACCAGGGUUAAACCUGAGAACUGGGCAGAGUAGUGUUUUCUGUCUAGUCAAUAGUCAAGCAUUCUUUUUUUUGUACGAAACAAAAUUUUUAAGAAGUGUUAAUUGCGACUUAAUAUUAUGCCACAAGUAAAUACAAGAUGUAAAAAGGGACCAUAAGAUCCGACGAUCGCGACGAUGGCGAAUACGUCCCGCUUAAAAAGUGAAAUUACGUUCUUUCCAUCUUUAUCGUGAUUAAUAGAGCUUAUUUUGUCAAAUCUAGGGAGCUCUCCUAGGGUAGAAUUUCAAAGAUCCAUAUGCAAAUUCAGAAAGAAUAAGAAAAUUUCGUCGUACAACAUGAAAUUAGGCAUUUGCACGUCGUAGAUAUGCAGUGACGACAAAGAAAAUGUACAAAAAAGGGGGUGUAUGUGCAAAGUUGUUCUUAAUAUUAACCCUGUUAUACGUUUUUGACGAUCUCGUUACCGUCACCAUCUUCGGAUCUUAAACGGUUUUCAAUAUUAUAGUACGAAAGGAAAAUGUGUGGAAGCACCCACUAAGUCGUCGGCGAUAAAUUCCAUCGACAGAAAACAAAAAAAAAAUAAGAAAGUUGCAUAUUCGGUUAGAGAACUCGAUUGACAGUACCAGUGAUAUGCAGCGGCAGGGUGGGGGGAGAGAAUGUAUUCGAACCGUGGCAUUUGAUCCAAGGUUUUAAAUUGUCCGAGUGACUGAACAUCAAAGCUGUGACGAUUUUUGUUUCUAUCUUUCUUUCCCUUUUUUACCUUUGUCUUCUUGUCCCGUGCAUGUUAGCAACAUUUGUAUGAGAACUGAAUACGACCGUGCGAAUUUCCAUUACAGGUAAAGACCUCUGCCAUCUGUUCCAGUUUCGAAGAGAGGAAGUUCAAGCUGAUAUGCUUAGAAUUUUUGUCUUCAUGAUCCCUUCAGUCUCUAACGUUUUUGCACUUCAUACACGUAUACCAGCGACUAAGCAAAAAUAAACAACAGCCGCGAACAGUUUGAUGCUUAAUCUUCUAGUUCUGUAUUCAAACAGUGCACACCUGCUUUCGAAGCCGAAAUACAAAAACAUGCUCUUUCAGAAUAAUGCUGUUUCUUGCUUGAUGGAAAUCGGAACAAAAUAAUUUCUUUGCCGCGAAGUCACUAUCUUUCCAUUAAAAUCGUUGUUUUGGGACUAUUAUCCGCGCCUAAACUGACAAAUGUACAAAGAAGGUGCAACUUCAUCAUUCUGACAUAAUAAACCAUAUUUUUGCCUGCAAAAACUAUGUAUAUGCAAGGAGUAGACUUCACUUUCUAUUGAUUAACCGGCGAAAAAACCCAUUUAUAUUUGGGAUGUUGGGAGAACAAGAGAUCAAAAAAGCUUGUAAAUGGUGUUCUCCCAGUAUGUCUCUUAAGUUAUUUCGUUGGUAAGCCCAAAGAAAGUGGGGCCUGAUGGGCUCUUGGGAUACAACGAUUUAUUAAUCAUUGAUCGAGGAAAUGUUUCUGUAAGGGACCAGUCAUUAUUUGUCGCCUGGGGGGGGGGAUGGGGCUAGUCGGAUGAUUUUUUGGACCCCUCCCUUUAAAUGAUGUUUUACUGAAGUGAUCCUCCUCAUCACUCUUGAUAAAUUCGUGAUUCUCCCCAAAGUUUUCGCCGCCCAAAAAAAAAAUCAUCAUCAACGACGGGAAGAAAGAGGGAAAGCAAGAGGAAAGUCCAAAAAACAAUGCAGGGAGAAGCAACUCGAGGCACAUCAGCUCUUGUGAAACUUAGAACCAGUUGAGACUGCAGACAUUUAUCUCCCAGUAGAAUGGACGCAUUUAUUUUACAUGCUUUAAACUGGUGUUGUUCAAGCAGAUUUUAGUGGUCCGUUGAAUUGAAUUCUUCCAAAUUUUUUUCUAUGAUUUACGAAGGAUCCCCCGUUCUGAUCUCCUAGAAGUCAAGUGACCCCCCUGGACAAAAGGACUAAUGAACUAGCGAUGCUGGUGAAAGACAUUCGUGCGUUAAAGGACUCCUUCGAGCCCUGAUUGGAUGAAGUGUGAUAGAAAUUUGCAUGGGCCGAGAUUAAAACCUCUAGUGUUAAAAAACAUAAGUGAGAACAGUUUAGAACUUGGAAGGACUUGGACAGAGAGACAAUUUUCGUUUAUUCGAUUAAUAGUUUUUGAAUUCGCGUAGUAGUCUUUUUGUGAAUUUGAAUUCGGUCUAAUUGUAAAAUUCGUAGCUAAGAGUUUGAGUACAAUUUUUGAAUAUAGUUCAUUCUCGUGAACACCCCCCUCCCCCCCAAAAAAAACACUCCGGACCCGCUCUCCCUCCCGGGCGAUAAAUAAUGACCGGUCUCUAAACUUUAACUUCUUCCCAGAUCUGAUGCUAUAAUGAUAACACUCGCACUGUUCGUGUCACUCCUCUUGGCGGUAACAAGGCGUUAUUCUGGUAAGUUUGUGCAUUUGCUUUCUAACAAUUUCAAUUUUAAUUUGAUAAUUAACUGAGAGAUUUCUUGCGCUAUUUGGUCAUUCGAGCGCUCUGGUCGAUGUUAGUUUUUUUUAAAAACUUUUUAGGAGCGGCCGUCAUCAUCAUCAUCAUCAUCUUUAUUUAAAAACACGGUAAAUACAUCAGGCAUUAACAAUUUAAUAUAAAAUGUCUCUAGUAGGGAGGGCGCACUUAGACACCCACGGCUGCUUAUGGCGCAGCUCGUGUUAUCUUACUCCGCCUUCGGCCACGGCUUACAACACUUACAACGACAUUGACCGACCUCAUUCAAUAAUUGGCUUGCAUUGUUAAGUCACAAGAGUCAAAAGUGCCCAAUUUGAUCCUUUUUAGCUUUGGAAUGCCCAGAAACGUGGAAAGAAUUUGAAGGCUUUUGCUACAAGGUUAUGGAUAGGCUCGGUUAUCGGCGGAGAUUUGCUUGGUCAACAGCUUUAAGCGGAUGUUUUGGGUUUGGAGGGGACCUGGUAAGUAUUUCGAAUGAAAAGGAAAUGAAGUUUGUCCAUGACAUGGCUUUCAAGGACGCAAAUCGCACUUCUGUUUGGAUUGGGUUGACGUAUCGGCAUCAAAACGGUGGAUAUGUAUGGAACAAUGGAGAAUCGUUUAACUUUUCUGUUUCUGUCCAGUGGCUCAACAUGUCGAGAAUUGUUUAUGAAAACAAAUGCGUCGAAAUCUUGAAAAAUGGCUGGAACCUCACCGAAUGCUGCAAGGAAAAUAAACAUCUCCUCUGCAAGAGAUCGAAAGGUGAGUUGUUUUCGUGGGAACUCGACAUUAAAAAUGAUGGGGAAGUUCCAACCGUACCAGGUACGACCAAAGCACAGGUAAAUUUUGAUCCAUUAACAGCUUAAACUCUUAAACGGACUUUAGAUAGCCUUUACGCCUUGAAUUUUAGGCAGGCUAGAAUCCACCCUGAUAUUUGGCUUUUUCCAUUUGUUUUCACGUUUUGUUUCUCACUCAUUUUAACCUUAUGCACCUAUCAAUGUAAUGCCGGCGGGGGGGAGGCAGGGCAUGGGGUGGGGAUUUGAUUGUCUUUGUUGUCCCUGGGGUAGGGCAUUUGACUGAUGUUGUUCUCCCGGGGGAAGGGAUAUUUGAAUCUUUCUUCGCCCGACGUGGAGAUAUUUGACUGCCGACUCGGACGAAAAGACUGGGACCGAACAUAUGUUUCCCGCUUCCACGCUUUACGCAUGCGCCAUGCGGUUUGAAAGGAUCAAGAAGUCAUGGAGGCCUAUGAAAACAAGCGAAGGCUGAGUGGAUUUCACUGUUUUGUCUUCAAAUUUCGUUUGUUUUAGCGUGUUUUUGAUCAAUUGAACCUGUUAAUAUACUGUGGUAUCAAAGUAACGGAAGUAAAGAGAAACCAAGUCGAUUUUUGCAAGUACAAUUGAUUAGUGUAUGGCUCAUUCGCUACAAUCACUGUAAACUUAUAAAACUGACUUUCUUUGUACCCUUUACUAAGUACGGUAUAUUCAGACUCACAAAAUGUGUAUUCUACGCAUUGUAACACGGAUUAUGGUUAGAACGUAUAAUUGCAGCUGUAACAGGAACAUGUAUCUUUGGUGAUGCAGCAACGUUUAUAAAAGAUUGCAGAGUUUUAUUUGGAGGUAUUUUUAUUGUGCCUUUCUUAGGUUCUGCCUUGGGAUUGACAGCAAUGUGCAGCCGGGGGGUGGGGAAAUUUGAUUGCAUUUGACUGGAAUGAUUUGCCUGUGGGCAGGGAAUUUGAUUGCAAAUUUUUGCAAAAAGUCAAAUCCCCACCCUAUGCCCUGCCUCCCCCCCGCCGGCAUUACAUUGAUAGGUGCAUUAUUUAUAACCGUGCCUGGGUUAAAGGACCUUUUUUGUGGUUACAAUCCAGUUUUUGUCACAUGACCAGCCACACCCAUAAUUAUGCAAAUUUUAAAUUAUAUAAUUACCACCGGCCCAAACACAUAUUAAAGAUCCUAAUUUUUCUUAUAUUCUAUUUUAAAAAAAAUAGAUGAAAUAUAACAACUGAUUGAUUGUCGGGAAAUUUUAGAAUAUUUUAUUCCUUGUUCUCUGAUUCUCGUCCCAGUCUCUGUAACGUUUACAGCAAUGCCAUGAUUCUUAUUGGGUUCAAACUAUUUGCUCUGUAAAUGUUUCACUAAUGAGGUCCAUUGGCCUGUUCUGCUUAUUGGUUUCUCAAUGGAGUAUCUUGCUACAAGGAAAAUAAUAAAGAUACCUGGGAAGGUGCACAACAAGGGUGUACUGCUUCCGGAGGUGAUUUAGUGAAGGGUGAUGAUGAUAAUCAAAAACGAUUUUUGAUUCACUUCAUGGAGGUCACCGGUCUGAAGAAACCGAAAAUAGAUGUAAGUACCAAAUCAUUAACUCUUUGAGCCUCAUGAUCGCAUGAUCAGCAUUAAAUUUCUCCAUGUAAUAUUAAUGCAUUAUAAAACAUAGUAGUCACAAGAAUUAAUUGUAUAAGGACAUGAUCACCCGAGGUGAAUGUAAAUGAUUCCUUAAUACAAUUACUCUUCCCACCACAUCUGUAGGAAACGUGUAAGGACAGGAAACGGGCAUUUAACUUGAGAUGUUAGGUUUUUCAUGCACUUGAUAGAGCACGCUUAAGGCUAGGGUAAUUAAUUAUGAGAAGAGUUUUCAAAGAGGAAUGCGGAGAAAUCACAUGUUCUGUGUAGUUCGUGUCACAGACCCAAUUGAAUCAAUGAUGUAGAUCGUAGACAGUUUUAAUUCCAUUUUCAUCUGUAUCUGUAACUUGAAAAACGCAAAUGUUCAAAAGACCACGUUUCUCAUUCUCAGUUACUUUGGCAUAACCUGAGAUCAGGCCCAAUUUUUGCGGUUCUCAUACAUUCUCUCUAACGGCCACGGCUAAAAUUGGGCCUUAUACAAACUCUCUCACGUUUGUGCUCGUUACGGCCAGAUUUUGGCCGUAACGCUGGUUGGCUGUUAGAACAAUGCCACAAGAUCUGAUUAGCUGUCGGAAACACCGGAAGUUGAAAGCCCUUAUUCUUCUCGUGGUUGUUUUCGUGAAUGAUCCGCCGUCGGCGGAGAGAAAGGUCGAUUUUGCUGUCUUUUUUGUUUGAUGGUCUUAUGGUAGGAAAAUAUGCCUUAAUAUGUACCAUGGAAAUUCAGAAAAUUCAUGUGGUUGUUCAUAUCUUCUCUGGAUUUGCUUUAUUUACGGAACUCAUGUGAGUGUAUCGCGGAGUUGAAUUCCUCUGCAAGUUCAGAGUUGACCGCUAACAAGGUGCUUUUUGAUUUACCAACAAACGAGUGCCGAUCAAAAUACUGUCCAUCUUAAAAGUGAUUUUAUUUGAAAGUUUAGCCGGGAAUGACUUUUCUGAGCGGGGUACGCAAACGGAGGCUCAUUGCCGAAGAAACCUCAAUCGCCAACUGUGAAGUAUUAGACGAAAAACAUCGCAUGAUCGCUGUUCAGGGAAUUUUUGUUGGCAUUAUCAUAAAAGCUAGUGGCGUUACUCUUAAGGUAACAGACUUGUUGUUUGCCUUCCCUUUUUGUAAAAAGUAAACCACGGAAACUGGUGUCCUCGCUCGUUGGCUGUUUGCUGUUUGUUAAUUUCGAUACAAAAUAAAAUUUAGCGAGCUUUUUAGACCUGCAGUAAAACAUGAACACAUCUAAUUAAAGGAGAACUACAAAGUGCGUUGGUAAUAUUGUUUUUCGUUUUGCUUAUAGCUUUCCAAAGUGAUAAUGUUUACACGGAUUUAUAAAGGAAUAUAUUUUUUUAGACGUUUGUUUCUCUAGUAAAUUCGCAAAUUGCAAGUGUACUCACGGGCCUAAAUCAGCUAAAUUAAAUGCACUUGAGAACUCGUUGCUUUGUUCUGAGAUAAUUUAUAUAUCCUUUUAAAAAUUUCGUGACAUAUUUCUCCACGGUUUUUAAAGAUUUAUGUACUGAAAAUCGGGGAAAAUUGCCAAGCAAAAUAUAAAGGCAAGAGGAAAAAAGAAAUUUCAGUAUUUAAAUUCGAGCGCGCCUAGCCAAAACAUUAAAACUAGAACAUCUGGUGUCGCCGUCUUUUCGAAAACUUUUUAUCUUCUACGCCAAUAGAAAUAACCUUCGAAAUCUCCUUUAAUCUGGCAGGAAGUUAAAUGUGACUGUGCUGACUGUUUUAUUUUAAGUUGAAAAUAUUAAAAGGUAAAAGCUAUUUUUUAAGUCAACGAGUCUGCAUUUUUCCCACGUAUGGAAAAUGUGCAUAUUAAAAAAAACAAGGAACUGAAGUAAUUUUGGUUGGCUGAUUUCGGCAAAUGUCAAUCAAUCAAAAAAGUGGGCGGCAGACGUUUCGUAGAAGGUUUGUAUCAGGCUCUCUUCUCGUUUCGCCUUGCCCGCCGGAAUGUUAUUUACAAAGCGAAACGAAAAUUGAGCCUGAUCUGAGGUUACUUUGGCAAGCUGAGCGCACAAACUGAAUUAUUAUAAAAUGCAAGUUUAUCGUUCAUACAUACAUAGUUUCCAAGCAAUUCUGGUGAAUUUGAUAGAAAACCAGUUGUUCUGCCUCUCAUCAGCUGAGACGUCUUGAUCUAAAAUGUUAUCUUGAUUGAAUAACGAUAUAUGCCCUUCUUGACAAAAAUUAUUAACUUAAUUUGAUUGUAAGUGAUCAUAAUUAACUGCAUACUGUCAUAUAGGCAGUGGUGUUAGUUACAUCAGGCGGACAACUCACGAAACAACAUCACCUUUAAUAUCAUUCUUGGAAAAGUCUUGGCUGAGAAGUUAAAAGCCUGGUUUUCACUAGCACAUUAGCACAAGCAUAAGGACAUACUCACGCGCAGAAUGGCAUAUUUGAGUCAAUUCUCAAUACCAGCUCUCCUCAACCCGAUAAUAAACAAGACGGUGGACUCUUAGUCCGCCAUAUUGCUUUGAUUAUGUUUGCAUGAGGUCUGGGUCAAAGUGACCUUUGAUUGGUUCACGGCCUUGUACUUAUGCAUGUGCUUAUGUCAACCCAGUUUUAAACAGUCAAAGCUACGACAUAAGCAUAAGCACAAGGACAACGAACUUGUCCGUUUUUCUUGUGCUUAUGCUUAUGCUUAUGUCGACCCAGUUUUCACUUGCUUACACCCGUGCUUGUGCUUAUGCUUAUGCUUAUGCUUAUGUGCUAGUGAAAACCAGGCUUAAGAUUCUUGGGCGAGAAGUUAUCAUGCGGUUAAGCCUGGUUUUCACUAGCGCAUAAGCAUAAGCAUAGGCACAAGCACAUGUGUAAGCAAGUGAAAACUGGGUCGACAUAAAGCAUAAGCAUAAGCUCAAGAAAAACGAACAAGUACGUUCUUCUUGUGCUUGUGCUUAUGCCCAUGUCGUAGCUCUGACAAGUGAAAACUGGGUCGACAUAAGCACAAGCAUAGGCACAAGGCCGUGGACCAAUCGUAGGCCACUUUGACGCAGACGUCAUGCGAACAUAUCAAAAGCAAUAUGGCGGACGCUUCGUCCGCCAUCUUGUUUAUCAUUGGCUUGAGGAGAGCUGGUAUCGAGAAUUGAGUCAAAUAUGCCAUUCUGCGCGUGGGUAUGUCCUUAUGCUUACGUUAAUGCGCUAGUGAAAACCAGGUUGAACAAACUGAAAAAAAUAGGCUUUUUUCAAAACAUCCUUGUCGCCAUGGUGACGAUCGAAAUCUUACUUCUGAAAUGUCAAAUUUAUUGUCCUUAGUAUAAAUGUAUUCUGUCCACACCAAAUAUGAGCCUCAAUCCAUAACGAGUCUUGAAUGACACUCCCAUCAUCAAACUGUUUUCAACCACCUUGAUUAAUUGUGGUUUUUGUAGUAAAUUGUUCCAUUUAAUAUUUUUUCUUUAUCCGUUGUAAUUCCUUUAUACAGCACGUAUGGAUUGGCCGAAAAGAUGAUUCGAAUUGUUGGCAAAUGGAGAGAAACACUGGAAAGAUAGAAAAGGCGGGGGACUGUAACGACGAAAAGAACUAUAUUUGUGAAAUGCCAGCGUCAACAACAAGUACGUUUUCUAUCAUCCACAUCGAGAAGGUUACACUUAGCACAUUAUCGCAAUAGCCCAAGCUCAAUACGAGAGCCCUGAGCAACCUUAUUUUACUUAGCUAAUCAUUUGUUCAUGCAGCAACAACCACAUAAGACGUUGUAUGAAAAUUAUUACUUUUUCUCUAAAAUUGGGCGAAAUGUGCAUUAUGUUUUUCCUAUAAAGCUUUUGUUUAGUAUUUUCAGGUUAAAGUCUAUCACAUUUUCGUGAAUGACUUCCAAUUUAGUAAAAGUUCCGCUUUUAGGCUUGUCUGCAAGUUAUGAUUUCACGCUUUUGCCCCAGACUUUGAGGUAAGUGACCUUGUCAGAGAUGCUGGAUAGUUUUAAAGGCUUCUAUUAUUCUGCAUUUAUCUUUAGGUUGUUAUGAGUACCCUAGCAGGAAUUUCUCUGUUCCCAUUAAAGUCAGCUGUACUUUUCCAGAAAACCUUUGUUUCAAAUAUGAAAAUACAAUGGCAAACGGCGAACAAGUCACCAUUCAAGGCUGUAUAUCCGCUGAUCAAUGCACACAAUUUGAUGAUCAUCAUUUGCACUGUUGUGAAGGAGAUCUGUGUAAUAGUGGUAAGUAAUCUCAAGAACAAUGGACACAAAAUAGCUAAAAAUUGUUACUUUAGGUUCGCCGUGCCAUGUUCCUCAGAAACAGGGAAAACCUAGUUUAUUUUAACGAGGAUCCAUGAAGGGGGAAUAGCCAUACUUAGCAGCGAAGUAGAUUUUAAGAAUCUUUUUGUAAGUUUUCACAAGAUAAAGCACCUGUUUUAUUCAGCGAAUACUCGCACGUUUUCUGUGCCAUUUACAAUGCAAUACCUUUCCUUGCAGUUAAGAACACCAAAACCGAAAAUCCGACCCGCGCCAUUUCUAAAGUCAUUUACAUCUCACUUGGUAUCACCUCCGCUUUUUUGCUACUGUCUGUGGCUAUUGUUGUCUGGUGCUACAGAAGAAAGAAGUUAAAGACUAUUGAAAGGUUUGUGUAUCUUUUAAUUUGCUAGCCACAUUGUUCGGCGUAAUUUUUUCUCUAGUUGAAGGUGUAUCGAAAACACUUUCCUAAAGUUUAAUUUUAGGGCGAUGUUAUUGGUUAUAUUACAUCCCGUGGCCACUUAUAGCGUCGUGCACCCGCCAUUGACAGUUACAAAGAAAAUAAUCAAGCAUGUUGUUUUAGCCAAGGAGCUGGGACAGUGAGAAAGAAGAGAUACUGUACAAGAAAAUCUUGGAAAUUAAAUUGAAAAUUGACUUGACUGAUAAAAAGAUGUUAUUGCGUUCGAGGUCGAGAGAACGCAACCUAGAAUCAACACCCAAGAGCCUCAGCACGAACAUUCAGCACAAAGAAACUCAACUUUUGGUAGGCUGGGUGAAUUACAGAAAACGAUAGGAUGAAGGCUAAUGGCUAAAGUCCUUGGUUGACAGCUUUCUUCUGAGAUGCCUCUUUCUACAAUCCCGGACAAAACUACUUGAGAAAGUUUUCCCCAUCGUGUCCACUUUCCUACGCAACAAAACUAUUUCCAAAACGACGCCUUUGCGCAAAGAAAACCCCUUCCCCCAAUUCAAUCUUGCUUCCCACAAACGCCCAGGGAUUAGGCGUUCUUUUGAAUACACAACAACAUUGCUUUCAUGGGAAGGGGGAGAGGGAAGAACCGGUACAGCUACGAUGUUUAGAAAAAUGCUGUCCAAGUAUACAAUUUUCUCAACAGUUUUGUCCAAGAUUGUAGCAGCUGUUUAUUUUGACGGACAACCGCUGUUGAGCCUAUCUUGGACCAAGAGUUAUCUUUCAUAUCAACACGAUACCAAACUAUGCCCAGUCAGUGAGGUUGCAUUUUUGGAAGGCGAAGGCCGGUUUCGAGAAGCGGCGUUUGACCCCUAAUCGGGUAUGGCAAAUUUUCGUUGUGACGUUUUCUCACUUAAAAAUGGGCUUGUGGAGCAAAUGUGUUCAGCAGUACCCAAAAGGACAAGGGCUGGUUGAGUCGGAUGAAGCUUCAUUCAUCAAUGAAAUCACCCGUGCAUUAAAAUGAAAAAUUCCUCUUAUAGAUCCGUUUACACGGGACCGAACAAAUAUUUCAACGAAUGAUUCAGGCUUUUCCCGUGCAACCCUUUUACACUGUGGAACUGUGCAAAUUCUGUAUCAAAUUUCAGUACCAUUUGCCGUUCAAAAACUUGCACGGUUCGCGGGUUCCGUGUAAACGAAAAGCGGCGUUGUGCAAGUUUUUGUCCGUUCAUAUGUCCGGAUAUCGAUCUGUUUAAAUUAAACGUGGUCUUAAAUUUCUUUAAACUGUCACCAACCCUGUUGGGAACUGCCUCCAAAAUAGUUGCUAUCCAACACACUAACAGAAGGUUUUUAUUCCUUUCCUCACAGUACAGUACACUCUCAUCACAAAAUAAUUCUCUUUUACUAUCUCCUAUUGUUCUACUAUUUUACUAUCAAUCGCGAGCUUUUCAGCUUCGCUUUCAAUUCCAAAGUUCAGGGCUAUCGGGCUCUCACGUGUAAUCUAUCACCUAACACCUUUUUUUUCACGUGACUAAAAUCAAAUAAAACUUAAACCACGUUUACAAAGGAGAUUGGUUAUUAUUUCCGACACUCUCCCCCCAUAUGUCUACCUUUAGGUGACAUAUGUUGCAUUUAUCUCUAGAAACAUUAUCAUACUAAACGUUCAUGUAAGUCAAAACGAUAACAGAAAACGAAAUGAUUCCCAAACUCUCUACAGAGUCGGUGUUCAAUGUUCAGUUGGCUUGCUCUUUGUCAGCAAUAUCUUGCAUUCGUACUCUCGCUGCAACUGCAGCCUCACGGGUAGGUCUGAACUCUCGAACCUCAGGGUUUAGCUGUUCCUGAGUUGUCAAAGGCGUCCGGUCGAAUGACAGUUCCAAGGGCGGGAGGGGGUCUAGCAGCGGCUCUGACUGUUUUAUCACUCUCUUGUUCAGACGUCUUAGCCUCGGCACCGAAUGACGUUCUCUGAUCCGCGCCAUUGUUAAACUUACUCCCCCAUGCUACGUACGGCGAUGGGCGUCUUCAACGAGUUUCACUGUGUAGGGGUGCUUGUCAGGCAGGUAUACCGGGUAAUGUACCUGCACACCACCUCGACAUAUGAGCAUUCCCGGUCGUUUUCUUCUAAACCCAGUCUUUCUCGAUCGUUCGUCACAUCAUCGCUUUGAAUCUCUUGAGGGAGCUUGGUCCAAAACAGGUGCUGGUUUUUAAUCUCGUCGGUCGUCAAUAGACCCAUCAUUCUUUCUUGUUUCUUCAGGCGUGAAUUCCGUAUGAAUCUCGCGGUCCAGGUGACAAUCCUCAACGUCUUGGUCAGGUCAAACUUUCCUAGCAUAACAUUGAGGCACCCAGUUGACGCAAUGGCGCCAUUAAAAAGUUCUUUGGUAAUUUUAGCCUCUGCUUGGCUCUCAGGAGUGCGGCUUGUCAUGAUGUCUGUAGGCCACUUUUCUUUGUCUGAAAGUCAUUCCGGUCCUUGCCACCAAAGCUUGCCCUCCUCGACUUCCCAGGUCUGGCGGAUUUUCUUUGGUGGGUACGUGGCACCAAGUGAUCCCUGAAUGCUCUUGUAUUUUCAUCGCUCUGUUUGCUACGAACUGUUUGUAUUCGCCGCCGCCGUUUAUCCAAUGGAGAGCAAACUAAGCUAUCCAGCCAUCCAUAGCGCCGUUAACAGGAAGCCCUUCAACCCUAAGUUUGUGAUAUGGUUUGUUGCUAUAUGUGCCGACAACAGCUCUAAUCGCGGAAUGGUCAGCCCCUGCUUCGCUAGUCGAGCCUUUGCAGUAACCAAACCCUGGCUUACCUCUGAUGGCUGUCUCCCAACUGCGUGCACACACUCCGUUCUUACUCGCAUCUCCAAAGGCAUGGAGCUCAAUUCCUUUAAUCUGCUCUUGGGCACAUGUCAGAGCCCUUGUUACCAUGACCUCGGCUGGUAACUCUUUCUUCCAUCGUAUCCAUUGGCUUGUUGUAGCGGUGCAUCCCCGGCCAUCUUCACGUUGCAAACAUCUCUGUAGAAUAACUUUCCCUUGAUAGUUACCGGCUCCACGAGACCAAGGGGGUCGUAAAUUCUUGCCAGAUUACACAACAAUGUUCUUUUUGAUGCGACUGCAUCAUAUGGAGGCAUGAUAACACUUAUCUGAUCUUCCUGUUUGUCCAACAAGAGUCCGGUCUUUGCUUUUGUUUGACCGAGCUGCUGUUUGGCAAAAGUUCCCUCGUCUUCAACCCCUCUUUCACUCUCUUCUAAGUCGGCAACAUUCGAGUGCCACUUGUGCAGCGUCAACUUAGCAUCUUCGAAGAUUCUUAUGGCUACCUCUUUCAUCUUUUUCGCCUCUGGUACUGUUGGUUUCUCGCUGAUCAGAUCGUCGACAUACAUGCUUUUGCGCAGUUCAGCAACAAGGUGUGGCAUACAAAACUCCCAGGUUUCAAGAUGGCACUCUAUCACUCCCCCAAGAAGAAAGGGAAAAGGCAUAAGACCGAACAGAGCUUGCGUGAAUCUCAACACCUCCGCUUCAAAAUGUUCACUGGUCUUCCAAUGAAAUCAUCUCAUCUGUGCAUCUCUCUCUUCCUUAUUUAUGCGCACCUGACGAAAGGCCUGUUGUAGGUCCCCAGUGAUAAGGACUGGAUGAAAGCCCAUUCGUACUAAUAAUACUCCACAGGUGAUUCUGAAGCGGUGGUCCGGCAUAAAGAGAAACAUUUAAACUUGGCACACGAGGGUUCCCUCGAGACGAGGCGUCAUAAACGAUCCUUAGCUUCGUAGUUUCAGCUCCUUUUAUCUUUAAUCUUUAAUCAAGGUAAUUGCCAAUAGUGCUUGUGCCAAUCCGGCAAUACAGAUCACCGGCUUGUGAGAUAUGUAGAAUUCUUUUGCCUGCAGUGAAUCACUUGCGACUUCUACUGUUCCCACGGACUUCUGUUUUUCAAUUAUCUGUCCAUAACUCUCGGUCACAUCCAAGCGCUGGCGUCUGUUCUGGAGGUUGCUGAACCUUCGCAAACUCACUGCUUUAUUGUUUGGCAAAGGCAGAUGGUUACCUUUCCAUGGUAGCGAAGUUUCAUACCAGCCCUCUGGGUGUCUUACCAACUGUUCUCUAAACUCUGCGUAGACUGUGCGCUGGUCAUGUUCUGGGGUAUCUUCUAAAACCUAAGACGUCUAGCCGACAAAAUUCUGCAUAAUCCACAUGACACGUUUGUGUCCACAGCAUAUUCGUGUGGUCAAUCUCAGUUCCCGGUGACAUAAUAGUCCACCCCAGCUUGGUCUUUUCUGCUACUGGUUCCCCUAGGAGCCCAACGCAGUGGAGCUCAGACGUCUUGAUCCCUGUAUACUCGCUGGCCCCUAAUUCACAGUACGUCAUCUCAACUCCCUUUAGAUGAGCGUACGACUCGACAAUCUUUUGAUAGUGUGGGGUUAUUAAUCAUCAGCAACUCCCGUCUUUCGACCUUGGUAACGUCAACGUUUAAUUCUUCAUUGCCAUCAGUUGAACGUACUUUGAUUGUGGAAAGUUCUACUUCACGGGUGGUCGAUCCCAGCAUCGUUUCUAUUCGACGAACUUUUUUAGCCCGAGAGGGCUUGGGAAGUUUCUCCAAAAGCACAGCUGAAGCAUGCCGUAUCCAGAAGUGCACGAUACAGUACUCCGUCCACGAAUACUUUCACCACAGGAUAAACAACACGCCCCUGGUUCACGGUGGCUGUCAACAAUUGGUCUCCUUGAUUGCAAAUCGAUGUAUGGUGUUUCUGUCUGCACUUCUGACAACGCAUUUUACUCCUCACUUAGCUGUAUGAUGUCUUGGCCCAGUGCAAUUAAAGCACAUCGCUUCUGCGCUAGUAUUCUUUCCUCUCGUCUAUCGUUGAUACGUGCGUGCAAUCGCGCGUGAUGUGACUCGCGUCAUCACAGUAAACACGACGGCGUUUGUCCAUGGAUUCUGCGCGGAAAAAACGAGAUCUGUUCUCAGGGCGCUUAGACGGAGUAGUCAUGCUUUCGACGUUAUUUCCCUCAGUCGCUGGGUGCACGUCUCUCCAUUUCUUCAGAGCUUGGGCCAAACGUGGUAAAUCCCAGUCUUGCCAGUUUUCUUGUCCACUGACCAAAUGGGCUUUGAUUCCUGUCAAUUUAUCUAGCACGCUUCUUGUCAUUCCGUUUACUCUCUCAAUUUUUCCAAGCUUUUCCAGUUACAGGACGUUAAACAGCAGUGUUUUGUAAAAGGAAUUCACUUUAUUUGGGUCGGCGCUUGUCACGGUGGGGAGUUGAAGAAUGUAUUGCCAUAAGCGUUGACAACUCCGCUCGUUUUUCCAUAUUCGUCUUUGAUUGUGUUUUUUGCUUUUUCAUAUCCCUCUGUAUUAAGCGGCAAUUCAUCGAUGUCUACCCUGGCUUUAGGCUCCAAUAGUUCUUGCAAAUAGGCAAAUUUUGUUACAGACACUAAUUCCGUUGUGUCCAUUUCGGCCUCGAAUUUAUCCCAGAAAGGCAGCCAAUUUCCAAAUGUUGCGUCGAAUUUUUGAUAGAAAGCUUUGGCAACUUUGGGGUCACGGUUUUCUUUGCAUUUUGUUCUUGUUGGCUGACUUCUAUGGUCUUUUGGAAUUUCACCUGCUGAUCCAACAGCUCAUGCUCUUGGCUCAUCCGCUCCUCGUGUUUCAUCUUUGAGAGCGCCAUUUCCCUUCUAUCAGAUUCCAUCUUGUCUGCCAGUCGCUUUUUUCCUUCCAUUUUUAACUUGUGGAUUACGCGUAGCGUAAGGAACAAGUUAUUGUGGGCACUUCAAUAUGCAAAUGUUCACUCAGAUGUAGACUCCUUUCGUAGAUCAGUCGGCUCCGCACGAAAGCGCCCGAUAUCAAAACGACAACCCGAUAUUGUCCCCGAUAUCUUGAAGAUAUUUUAAAAUUUUACCAUCAAGCUAGGACAUUACGGUCAUCAAGGGAUCAUUUACGCCUUGAAGAACCCAAUUUUAACAUGAAAACUUAUGGCCAGCGAGCGUUUUUCGUUGCUGUCCCCCGACUAGGAACAAGCUCCCCUUUGAAAUUCGAGCUUGUUCUGAUGUUAAUCUUUUUAAAUCUAAGUUGAACACGUUUCUUUUUAAAAAGAUGUAUGACAUUUAGUUUCGUCAUAUUUGUUUUUGUUUUUGUUUUUGAUUUUGUUUGUUUUUUGUUUUUUGUUUUUGUUUUUUUCUUUCCUUUUUAAGAUGUGUACGGUAGGGUUAUAUGUAAGCUUGUGCUUAAUGAUAUUCUUAUGUCCUUUUUUACAUUGUAAUGCGCUUAGAACAGCGAUGUAUAAGCGCUAUAUAAAUUCCUUUAUUAUUAUUAUAAUUAUUAUUAACGACAACUGUCGUCAUCCUGUUCCGCGAUGUGCUGAUUUUGUACAUUUCACAGGAGUCACAGGACGAUUGUCUUUAUUUUGACUUUGCCCUUUUUAAAUUAGCACUAUGGCCAACGUUGAGACGGAAGUUUAUGAACUUUUGAAGCUUUUUGACUCGUCCAGGCGAUAAACAUGACGAAAAGAUCAGCAAUUGCUUUUCGACUCCCAGUCUGCUCCAAGCUCAUGAUUCUGCCGUGAGUCUCACGAUGUUUUAACUUUUUUCACGACGAGACUCCCAAUCUCAAGGUUUUUUUUUAGUGAAGUAUUAUUCUGAAAUGAAAUGUUUCUUUGUUCAAUAAAAACGGAAUUGUUUACUGUUGCUGAAUCGUAUUUGAUUCUUCUCAUGCAAACGCCGAGAAUGGGAAGCUGCAAGAGACUUCGCGACGGUUUUACGAGCCACUUGUCGGCCAUACGUUCUUCAAAUGCGACGAAAUGAGUUAAAGUACGGCUUUUACUAUCAAAACCAUUCUUGUUUUCCUCGAAUAUAUCUGUCAAUUCUUCAUAAAUAAAGCUCUGCCGGCUUCAAACAGCGUCCACCGGCAGAAGUUCAUGGGCAAAAGUGUUAAAGAUGAUUAUAUUAUCAAGCGACUUCAAUAUUAGUCUGUAAACAAACGUUGUUUUAUUUUUCUUUUCGUUCUUUUCAAAAACAUCAGCGAGCUCGCGAGCGAAGAGAGCGUGCGAGAACGAGCGCGGAGCGGGAGAAAGAAAAAUGAAGAACGUCUGUAGACAUCUUUGGGAAAAUACAGGUUUAUUAAGUCCCUCCCCCAUGUCAACGCCUCAUCAUUAUCACCUCCUCGUUCGCAGUAUCAAUUAAAUUGGACUAAUGGAAUUGGAGAAAUAAAUUGCUUGUGUAAUUGGCUUAAGUAUUUUACAAUCAAACAACAAUGACACUCCGAGUCACGUGUUUGUUGAAGCAUGUCUUCUUAGACCCUCCUAAGACUGCUUCUACGCCGAAAAAGCCGGCCAAUAGAGGUCCGAAGCCAAAACAAAUCGGCACAUCGGAUUAUUGUAGGACAUGUGGGUUCUUUGAAUACCUCAAUAGUACUGGGCAAUUAUCCCAUUCCAGUAAAGCUACAGAGAAUCUUUUUUUGAGAGAAUUCGUCAAGGCGGACGAUUUAAGAGAUCUUGAUUUUACCCUUUCGCAAACAGAAGAUCAGUCAAGUAGGGUUUGUUCGCAUUGCAGUAAUCAGGUUAGAGGCACCCGAGCUGGAUUUUCCUCUAUUAAAGCCAGCUUUCAAGAAAGCGAGCACGACGAUGAUAGCUUUCGGUUUUUAAAAUACAGAAAUGUCCGCAUCACCUCAUCACUUUGCUUCUCUCAUUGCUUCAACUUGAUCAUUGAUAAUACUUCGUAAUGGUGAUGCAACUACAACUCCACGUUAUUUUUCUUCGUUUGAGUUUCCGACUGCCGCGAACAACUGCUAAAUUAAACUUUUAGCGAAACCCGUGGGAAAAACCGCCACAACAUCCUUUUGCUCCAGGAAACCCAAAACAGCCUGGCGCGGCUCUCCUUUGAGUACGUAUUUGCUUGAAAAUUGUGCCAAACAGUCGUCAUAGUCUACACUCCGAUACAAAAGAUAAUUAUGAUCAACAUGGUCAACACAUGCUUGUCACAUGACUCCAUCCGAAGCUCACAACUCGGCGGCACUUUGAUGUUAUUUUUUAUGUAAAUUACAAUGGAGGGUGUUGCCCUUAGCGCGUCCCUUGAUGACAAACGCUUCUACUGGCAUGAUGCGAGCGUGAUGAGUCGUUGACGGGAUGAUGACAGGAUGAUGAUGAGAAAAUCACCAUUCAGCAAAUGGUAAUUUGCUUUUCCUGGGGAAAGCAAAGUUUCAUCUUCCCAAAGAUGUCUACAGACCGUUAGCCUGCGUAGGGGACGCUUGGAAGUAGUGCACGUGGGCGAAAGAGAGAACUUCGCUCAGGAGAACUUGGCGGCUUGUGUUGUCGAUGGAACGUAGACCAUCAAAACAUGACUGAUGAAAUGAAACACUUACCAGGGGCAUGAAUUUGAAAAAACAUUUCACUAUUGUAUUAUUCGCCGUUCGGAGGCGACCUGAGGUCUGUUGUUCAUGUUUCGUUGCUGCAGUAGAAAACGUGUCGGUACAGUUUGUGUUCUGAAGUUUAGGUCAGCUUAGUAAGACAUGUCUGCUCCAAAAACGGCUGCCACUUAGCGCAGUAAAAGCAAUGGUCAUUUUCCACGUACGCUGUGAUCGUUGGUGUCUGUACAGUUGUGGCUAAGUAAGCUCAGAGAAUAAUGUUUUUAGUUUUUUAAUAAUACACAGCAUGCAUUCUUUAAAAGAUACCCAGUUUUGACUUUGUUAUUUUCUAUUUAUUGUGCACGUGGUUAAAAACGAUUUGAAGCUGUGUGUUAACCACCCGUUUAUUGCUCCAUCGCUCUAUAAUCAGAUAAACCAGCUGAUCUUUAUAACAGAUAUAUUUAGACGGAAGAUAAAAAUUAAUGUGCAACUCUUUUUGGCAGCACGCUUUGUUUGUGCGAGGUCAGUCGUUUUCUGUCAAAACUUUUGACAGAUCACGCAACGGCUGCCAGGUAAUUAGGUUGGGGGGGGGGGGGGAAACGAUUUUCGUGGGCCUUCCGGGCAGGCGCUCCCUCCCCCCUCGCGUCUCAUUCUCGCCCCCCCCCGUUUUUUCUUGUGCCCACUACUUCCAAGCACCACUACUCCCAAGCGCCACUAUUUUCUUCUUCCCCCCCCGCUACCUUGCCGGGGGGGGGGGGUACUGCCAUAUAUGGGCUAUAUAGGUAUGUGCCGCUGUGAAGGGUAUGGUUUUCAAGCAGUUUAGUCUAGGAUAGAGUAUAUAAAUCAGAGCGUUUGGGUCUAGAAUAGGAUAUCAUUUUUCAGGAAACUGAUCAGUUGGUUGAAGAUUCUAUCUAGACAAGGGAAACAGCUACUCUAGGAUAGGGGAUUUGGGGAGUUUACUCUAGUAUAGGGUAGCACAAUUCAGCUGAACUAGCUCUGGUAUAGGUUAAGGGUUCCAGGGUCCCAGCGGCACAUCCCCACCCAGAAAUUCCUAAAGUACCCCCGGGGCUACCCCCUUGCACUGGCGGUCAAUAAAUCUCCCGCGGUUUAUAUUUUACCACGCGCGCUCGACGGACUUUGAAGAGAAAAUAGGGGGUCUGUGAACGGGCUGCUUCAAUAUCAGUCGUCAUGGCGCAAUAGAUAACGCGUUGACCUUCCAGAUCGGAGGUCCGAGAUUCGACUCUCGCCCCGUGGGUUAAUUAGGCACCCUUUAAUUGCCACUUGUUGUGUUACUGUUAAAUCCCUUUUGUCCGCUUUCUUUAGAAAUGUCUCGUGUUCUUUCGCCCAUGUGGUGACCCGCUCAUGUGAUUCUCCAUUUGCAAAUUUCAGCUCCAUAAUGGAUUCUUUCACUGUGUGAGCAGUCUGCAAUUUUGACAUCAACAGCGCUUCGUGUCUUGAUAUCGCUUCGCUUCGCUUCUCUCUUCUUCAUUUUUGUCUAGCGAAAACUUGAUAGACUGAAUCUUCCCGUUAAAUUCUUUCGUUAGUUCCUCCAUCGCGUUAGCACUGGUAGUUUUGGCGUCGUUUUUUCCGCCUCGUAAAUAUACUCAGUAUUAAAAUUCCUUGAUCGCGUCGCUGUGUACUUGAGUUUCCGUAAAUGCCUUGCUCUUCUUUCGAGCCAAAUCCCGGUGUGUCCCGUCGGAGGAGCCCGCACUUGUGUUGGGAAUUGCCUCCAAAUAGUUGUUAUCCAACACACUCACCGAUGGUGUUUAUUCCUUUCCUCACAGUGCAGCACACUCUCAUCACAAAAUAAUUCUCUUUUACUACCUCCUAUUGUUCUACUAUUUCAUUGUCAAUCACGAGGUUUUCAGCUUUGCUUUCAAUUCCAAAGUUCAGGGCUAUCAGGUUCUCACGUGUGAUCUAUCACUUAACACCUCUUUUAAAUCACGUCACUAAAAUCAUGUUUACAAAGGAGAUUGGUAAUUAUUUCCGACAACCCUCCAAUUUCGUUUGCCUGAAAAUUUGUCUGUUAAUUUCUUCUCGUAAAGUGGCAGAAACGCAGACGGAAAGGCAAGUCCGAUGCCCCUGUUCAAUGCGUUGUUCAUUGGUUUCUCUAUAAGUCCACGUCUACACAAAUAGUCGUGUACGAGCCAAACGUUUUCGCUGGUAUGUUUUUCAGGUUGAAGAUAUGAUGCUUAAACUGAUAACAACCACCGCUAUCAUUACGAUUACUCACGAGCGCUUUUUAAUUAAUAGCAACCUUAAUCCAGCUUUUAUUAUGUCCUUUUUCUCCAGAUCACCUGAUUCGCAACCCCCUGAUAAGUGGGAAAUGCUGCCUGAGCAAAUAGAAUUCGGGGGAGAGCUAGGGAGAGGAGAGUUUGGUUUUGUUUACAAAGCAACCGUUAGAAAGAGGGAUGAGAUGGAGGCGUUGGUCACUGAGACUUCCAAAUGGCCUUCAUCAUCCACGAAGCCGAAGGCACCACAGGUGGUGGCUGUCAAAGUCUUACAUGGUAAGAAAUAUUUUAAUCUACAAAACAAGAGACAAAGCCGUAAGGGCUAAUUGAAUUUGUAACUUAUUUUGAGUUGUUUAUAUGCAACAGAAACGAAUUCUUUUUUAUUUCAUGUUUGGACCUUUCUGAGACCCCAACAGAAAAUCACUUGAAAAAAUCCAAUUUUUUUUAUUUCGUUUGCUUUGGUUCUUGUUAGUAUUGUUGUUGUUGUCGAUUAUUUUUUUCACCACUGUUCUCCUUCGAAAACACAACGGCUAAGGCCUGAGGGUAAAUAGGAUAGGACUUCAAGGUAGCAUGCCUCACCCACCCCGACUGUUCCAGAUAGCGCAUCUCCUCCAAGGCUGCUAUCUAAGAAGAUGGGGCGGUAAAGUGACUAUUAAACUGAAAUGCACUUAGAAGGUAGAAUCUGCCUGUUGUUUUGUGCAUAGGAGGAUGCGUGCGAUAAAAAGGGAUGAAUAUUUGUCAUGCAAAUGAAAAAUCUAGCACUGAAAUAAUAUGCUGUCACAGGAAGAAUGAAGAAGACAUAAUCAUUUUCUCAAAUUGUCUUUUAAUAGAUGAUCCAUCUGAGGCACAAAUAGAAGAGUUCACGUUUGAGAUUGAACAGAUGAAGAUGUUAGGCUCACAUAAGAACGUUGUAUCCAUGGUUGGAUGCUGCACGCUUGAAGAGAAAAUGUUCCUGGUCAUAGAAUACGUUCCCUGUGGUGACCUCUUGUCGUGGCUACGCCGCAGAAGAAAAAAGGUAAGAAAAUCAUUGCAGCGUGUUCUCGUGUUCUGAAAGGUUAGACCACCAUUUUUUAUGACUAUAUAGCUUCCAGCCUUAUCAUGUAUUGGGACUAUUGCAGAUUACAUCUGCGAAGUUGCCAAUUUCAUACCAGAUAAAGUCCUUGUCAUUGAUGAAAUCAUAAGAAUUUUUUUUAUAACUUUUGUUACAAAGAGAAAAUAUUUUCUCCCGAGAUUACUCAGUGCUUAAGGGAAGAUGUUUUAACAUUAUCAUAUAUCUGACUGGAUAUGAUAUAAGGUCCCUAAACUCACUCUAUAGACAGCCAAGUCCAAGGAGCAAGGACGCAUCCUCACCAUCCAUGAAACUCAUUUCCCCCCUCCCAAGCUCUGCUAGUAGUGUUACGAUUAUGAGUCACAGCAUUUAUUUGGCUGUACUAGCCUACAGGGAAACUGCCUUGACUUUGAACUGCAUUCUGGCUUGAUAAUCUAUCAAAGUGACAAAAUCUCCCCUGCCUACCCCCUACUUUUGAAACAAAAAAGCCAGCCACCCACCCCCUAUAAGGUCUGGGCCUAAACUCUGUUAUAAGCUCCCUGGAUAUUUUUGGCUUCCCUGGCUUGAUGCACGUGUUCAAGCGAAAACUUUGCGGGCACCUUUAAGCAAAGUCACACAAAUGUAUUGGUCUUUAUUUGUUCCGAAACUGAUAAAGUUUACUUGCUGGAAGUCUAGAUCAACGAACUUAAAGCCUCCGAGAGAUCAUAUGCUGACAAAGAAGUUUUGAAAGAUCAGGGAGAGACCAGAGAUAAGGUAGGCUUGUUAACAAACUGUACUGAUUCGAUAUUUCAUCCAUUUUGUUUGAACCUGAUAUUUUUUCUAUUCUUCAAAGUCCCCAAACCGUUUGUUGUUUGCUCUCUGUGUCUGGCUGUCGGCUCAUUGUACGUAAUCAAAGACUUUAUUAAGGGCACUUUCCAAAAGUCAGAACUGGCCGGUCGGACCAUAGCCGGCACGAGUCAUUUUGACAACGAAAAAUGCUUUUUUGCAAGAGCUUUUGUUGAAACACCAUCUCCUUUGUGCCUGGUAUUUGGGAUCUGACUGAUAGUUUUGAUUAAAAGUGAAAUUCUCAUUAUGACUGGAAUGGUCUGGCCGGUCAGUUCUGACUUAAGACUAUAUUAAGACACUGAAAUUGUUCCCAUGCUUGUAAAAAUCACCAAAAAGGUUAUUAUGUUUAUUGCCCUCUGAUAAAAUUUUAUUGAUGUCCUUUUUAUAGGGUGGUGUAAGAGGGAGGGUGGAACACGCUUAUUAGGGUGGAUUGAACGGUCUUUUCUUCUUCGUAGCAAAAACAAGCAGGCAAACCUUUGAAGAAAACGGCAAAGGAAGAGCAGGCUGAGGUCACCAUGGAAAUGAUCUCCUUGCGCCAGAUUGUCGACCCAAAGGACAUGGCGUCAGCCACUCACAGUCUCCCUGAUGUAAGAAUUUUAAUAAACACACUCAAGCCACAAGCGGCCUUGUCUCCAUCCUUGGAGGCCUAGGGGCAGUCAGGUGGUUCGGGAAAAAACGUUUGAGCCCCUGGUUACCGACUCUCACCAGACCAUUUUCAAACAAUCCAUGGCCGGCGAGUGCUGACUCCUAAUUGGGCACAAAAAAAUGCUUUGUAUUAUUUUGCCCAAUGGGCGAACAGGGGCUCCUAUUUUCUUUUCGUGUGUUCGCACACGACGGCUAUUUUCUCGCCAUACUUUCACCAAGGUUGGGCGUGCAAGGGGAAUCUUGGCUUUUUUCACUUUUCCCCUAUCAGAAACGUAGGAACUACUAAUGAUUUUGGAAGACGUUUCAGAUGCUAUCAGAAGGACCUAGAGCAUUCUGUCACAAGCAGGGUGCAAAGAAAGUCAGUUUUACAGCCUGCCAUUCGGGCAAGCUGUAGCUAGUAUGUACUAGCCCACAAGUCAUUUCAACUAGCCCCCAAACCCUUUUUGAUUAGCAAGACUGAUUACCAUCCUUCUGUAAUUUGAAUUUCCCCAAAAAACAGCACUUGCCCGUCGGGAAAAAUCACUAGCCCGAUAGAAAAAUCCACUAGCCCCGGGCUAUCGGACACGACUUUCUUUGCGCACCGCACAAGAUAUCGUAAAUGAUAUUUACGAUGGCGUGAUCGAUAAGGAUCGAUGCAAGCUUGAAUACGUGCUGUAAGCUCAAGUUUAUGUUUUUGGAUAAACAUCUUUUAAAUACCCUUUCAUACGUUUCCAAAUUUAGUUUUCGGGUAGACAGUUGCGGUUUCUUUGAGUCCAUGGACGGGCUUUAUAUCGAACUGAAACUUUCCUGACAGCGUGUAUUUCUUUGGUGUAAGAGCCAAACAAGUAUCAUAAUGGCGAGACAAUAGCUGUCGUGUACGAACACACCAAAAGAACUCAGGAGAUGGUGUUUAUCAAUUGGGCACAAUAAUACAAAGCAUUCUUUGCACACAGUCAGCUUGACCGUUUGGAAAUAGUUUAGUAAGGGUUGGCACCCAGGGGAUCUUCCGCCCUUGCUUGAAAACUAUUUUUUGCCGCGCCUUUUCUCCCGACCCGACUGACUGCCUCUGGCUCUCCGAGGAUGCCUUGUCUCUCGAUACGAAGGGUGUAACAUGAUAUAUUUCAUUCCUAAGAGUAUUAGGCGAAGCGAAAGGUGAGGUUUCAGUGACUGAAGAAAUAUCACGUAACAAAAGACUAUUGUUAUUGAAUUAAAUAUCGUGGUUUUUGACGAAUGAUAAAUAAAAUUUAAUGUUACAAUUUUCUUACAUAUAAAUUAAUCGCCUUUUUUAAAAAUCAUUUAGCAAAGGUUCGCCUUUAAUAGUGAGGCUAUGGACGAUGAACAUUCUGCAAACAAGGAGCAAGUGAACAUUGCACAGCAAAGCGACAAAGAUGCCGUUCUUGAAGUGAUUCCCUCAACUUCCGCUACAAAUCAAGUAAGAAGUUUUAUAAUCAUUUACCACUACAAGUAAUGCGGGUAUGGGUAUGCGGGUACUUGGUGUACUUGGUGAAUUUGGUGCGUCAGGGUCAUGAACCUCCCUACCCUGCAAUGCAUAGUUCCGGGUAGCCCUUGGGCAAGGCGUAACACCCGUUAGGCCUGUCAAGGUCACCAAACUGUUGCCUGGCAGUCAGGGUUUUUUUUUUUGGCCACAGGCUAAGGGAGACAGCCCCUACAGAAAACGAGCCCACCGCUGGAAGGUCUGGCGCUCCUCCAGCAUCGCUUGCUGGUAUUUGUCUCAGUGAGCCCAGCAAAACAUUGAUUUGGACAGAAAUUGAGUAUCUCUUCUAUAGUAUUGUUCUCCCUAACAUAACCUACGGACUGUCUGUUUAUGGUGCCUCCGAAGCGGAAAUUAAUGUCCUUCAGCAAUUUUUAGACAGAUCCUAUAAGUUACGCUUUAUAUCUAUACAGUUAAAUAUUAGAUCAUUACUACAAAAACAAGAUAAAGCGAUUUUUCAAUAAGCUAAACAGCAUGAUAACCACCCUCUGAAGGUGUGCUUACCGCAAGAAAAGAACAAUCUAAUCUUCGACGUAAAAGGUUCCAAAGGCCCAAGAUAAACACCGAACGUUAUAAGAACACAUUUGUAAACAGAUUAAUUUUUAAAUACAACCUUUCAUGAUAUUUUAUGUCAGAUAUGUGUAACUAUUUUUUUGCAUUUUUUAAUCUUUUUAUCCUGUAACAAUGGAUAUGUAUUUUUAUCUAAUGAGCAAUAAAGACAUUUAUUAUUAUUAUUAUUAUUAUUAUUAUUAUUAUUGAUAAACACUGCAAACUUCCCUACAUACUUGCUCGGUCCUCGCCGGGAUAAACAAGGGCCGCAUCCCCCAGUGGGCAACCAUGUUGGAGUUGAUAAGUCAGCUACUGGAAGACUCUUAAGAUGCAAGAUAAACACUCUGGUGUCAGCUUUUAACAUCCGUUCACUCAACUCCAUUGAGAUGAUUGGAGAGCUUACCGCGCUGGCAGAGGAGAAAGGAAUAUUUGUUGUUUGUCUGCAGGAACAUCGAAAAUUUCACGAUUAUGCGGACGUGCACUAUACUUAUGUCGGCAAAGGCUGGAUCUUGGCCACUUCCUCGUGCUGGAGUUGCGUGGAAGGAGUGGGUAUGCUACUAAGCCCCUCUGCUUACUACUCCCUCGAGGACAAUAUUGUGGUGAAUAGCCGAAUCAUCGUGGCAAACUUAAGUGACAACCCUGCUACUACUAUUAUAUGCUGCUCAGUCCAACGAACUGCUCGGGUGACAGCGAUGCUCUAGACUUCUACAACACACUGUCUGAAUUAAUAAAGAAGCUACCUGGACAUAACCUUAAAUCAUAUGUGGUAAUAUGUGAAUGCACAAAUCAGUCCCUUAGACUGUAAUGGGUUUAGCUUUGGAAAAAAGACGUUUGUGUUGGAUAUGGCUACUGCAUGUGGGCUUAUAAUUUAGAACACACGCUUCCAAAAGAGCUUUAAAAGUUGUGGACGUUCAUGUACCCAAAUGGUUGCAAAGCCAAACUUGAUUAUAUACAGGUAAACAGGAAAUAGGGAACAGUGUCUCAAAGACUAUCAGGCAUAUGACCCUCUCAGUACAGUAUAUUCAGGCCAUAAAAUUGUCGUAAUUAAACUACGCCUCAGUUUGCUAGCCAAUGGGAAAACAACUGCCAAACGUACCAGUUUCGACUGGCAUUGUUUUAGCACCAGCCAUUCCGUAAGAGAGGCUUAUACUGUGAAAGUUAAGAAUCGCUUUGAGGUCCUGUACGAGCUUGAGGAAAAACGCACUGUGAACGAUCUGUAUACUACGAUGAUCGAGGCCCAAAUGGAUGCAGCUGAGAAGUGUAUUCCUAACAAAGGAAGGAAAACGUGUUUUGUGACGUCAAUGAUGAAGAAAUGUCACGUGUUAUUUGAAAUCACGUUUUACGCGUUUUUUUCAUUAAGCCACAGUUUUAGUUCGCUUUUCAGGAUCACUGAUUGAAGCAAACCGGUUUAAAUAGCAUUUUACAAAAUAUGCAUAUUUAAUUAGGUAGUCAGAGAUGCAGCAUUUGAUUUUGCAAAUUGACGCUUGGACAGAAGGAGCUAAAACACCAGGACUGGUUUGAAAACAACAACGAAGAAAACGUAUGCCUUCUGAAGCAAAAGCAGGGAGCAUUUACAAUUGGCUUUAGGAAAAGACCUUGACUGCCAGGCACGAUCGUCUCAAUUAAACAAGCACCUCAGGAACAAAGUCCAGACUGCGCUGAGAAAGAUGAAGGAUACGUGGUGGCAACACAAGGCUGCAGAGCUGCAGCAAUACUCAGACGAGCACGUAUGCCUUCUGAAGCAAAAGCAGGGAGCAUUUACAAUUGGCUUUAGGAAAAGACCUCGACUGCCAGGCACGAUCGUCUCAAUUAAACAAGCACCUCAGGAACAAAGUCCAGACUGCGCUGAGAAAGAUGAAGGAUACGUGGUGGCAACACAAGGCUGCAGAGCUGCAGCAAUACUCAGACGAGCACAACUUUAAGAGGUUCUUCGAGGGCCCGAAGACUGUAUAUAUGGCCCCUCUUUCAAUUUCAUCCUGUCCCAUAUUCGGCUGGAACCCUGCUUACAGGGAAGUCUGAUAUCGUUCAAAGUUGGUGAAAAAUCUUUAGCCAACUUCUCAGCAAAUCGACCAGUAAGCAAUCCAAGAUAUACUUCAGCGCCCGGUUCUAAGCUCUCUUGACGAUCCCCCAACACUGGAGGAAACCCCCCCAAAAAAUAAGCAGCUCCAGGCUGGGAAAGCACCUGUUCCUGAUGAGAUACCUCCCUAAUGACCUCAAGGACACCAAAGCCAUCCACCUGUACAAGAACAAAGAUGACAGAGCAUCCUGUGACAGCCACAGAGGCAUCUCGCCGUUGAGUAUUCCAGGAAAUCUCAUGGCACUCAUCAUACUGAGCUGUAUCACACACGACCUCUUGGAUGAUUUCGUGUCCGAGAGUCAGUGUGCCUUCAGGAAAAACAGAGGGACAAUCGACAUGAUAUUCGCCAUAGGAAAUAUCAAGAAAAAUGCCGCGAGCAGAAUCAGAGCCUGUACAUCCUCUUUGUGCACCUGACCAAGGCCUUUGAUACGGUCGGCGGGUGGGUUGGACAUGUGUUUCUGAUGGACGACACGCACCUCCCAAAGAUGGUCUUCUUCUCUGAGGUGGCCAGCGGUACACGUAGCAUUGGACACCCACUAAAGAGGUUCAAAGAAUCCCUGAAACAAAAAACUGAAUCGAAUCCCACUAUCCGAUGGGAAACCUUCGCCACAGACCGCAACGUCUGAAGAAUGGCCGUUCACAAGGGCGUUCAAGGCUUUGAAAAGAGCAGCUGAAUGAUCUCGAUGAGAUAUCUCGGCUCGCCGAGUUCUAGUUGCGCAAAAGCUCAGUCUUAGCGAUUAAGUCGAUCUGUAAGAUAUCUUCGAGUUCAUUGAGCUAGACCAUUAUUUAUUUUUUUGUAAAUUUCCCUAAGGAUGUGGAGUGGAAAGUAACGGAAAAAGACUGGCUACUAAGCAGCCAAGCGGCAACAGGAAAAAGUCAAGCGAAUCCUUCACCCGCCAUGCCACCCGUAAUCGAAAGCACACACGAGGAUCUCAGCAGUGAUGAAGAAGACGCGGAGGAGAACUUUCGAGCCAAACAACUCUUUUCAUUUGCUUGGCAAAUUGCUAAAGGAAUGGUAAUUACUAUAUGAUUAUUUUCUGAGAAACGUUGCUUCCAUUCAGGUUUUGUUUUCAUCCUUCAAAGAUCGUUAUCAAAGACUAUUCCACAAGCAAGAAAUAAAGGAUAAAUAAGUUAAUUUUCUAGAUGAUUGAUGGUUUUUAGAGGAGAAAUUGUGAUAGUCCAUCGAACCAAAUUCGGCAUGUUUUGUCUGAACUUGAAUCAGCCGUUUAGAUCAGUUCAGUCGUGAUAUUUUACUUUUGAUUAUUGGCUCCUAUAAUUUUCACGCCUUCACCCAUGCCUUUUUAGGCAAUAGUAGCUCCGUAACUGAAGUUUUAUAUGGUACUUAUUUUCAUUUUUUCUCUUUCCUUCUUAAAAUUAGAAUCAUCUGGCCGAAAACAAUCUUGUUCACAGAGACCUUGCUGCCCGUAAUGUUCUUGUUGGCCAUGACAACCAAAUCAAAGUGUCAGACUUUGGGUUGAUGAGACAAAUCUAUGAAGAUGUCAGAAGCUCAGCGAAGUCCAAAAAACUUCCUGUAAAAUGGAUGGCCCCCGAAGCACUUUAUCAAGGCCUUUACACCACCAAAAGUGAUGUGUGAGUAUAAAAAAAUCCCACUCUUUUAAACACAUUUCGAUAAAUUCUGCUCAGAAAACCUUAGUCAGCUUCCCUAAAAGUCGUGAUCAGCGUGUUUAUUUCAAACCGAUCUAGGAAUUUCAGUGGUUAUAGUGGCUGAUUUCGUACUUGUCAAUGUAAUUUCGACUCGGGACUACAUAGUUUGCAUAUUAAGUCCUGAGCGAGAGCGGCGUCUGCUGAAUUCUUAAUUCGGAGUGUAUGUAAAGAUCAUUUAGUUACGAUUAUGCGGCAGACCCGUCACCUAAAUUGGUAUUCUUUUCCGAUCCCUACUCUAUUAACCUUGCUAGGCCAUUGGCUAAGGGCUUUGAGCAGCUGAGGCCUGGUGUCAUAGGGUUCAGUCAAGGGCGAAGGCAUGGAAAGGUGGAGAUGCGCCCUUUUGCCUUAAGUUCACCAAGUAAAAAGAAGAGAGGAAAAGUAAUGUUAAUGCAGUGGGAAUAUUCACCACCUCUGUGCUUUCCUCUACAGUUGGUCUUUUGGUGUUGUUCUUUGGGAGAUGGCUACAUUGGGUGAGUAGACCGUCACACACUAAUCAUGUAAACUUCCAAGGGGAGGGGAAUCCCAAGAACUCUCCUCCCUGUUGCCACGGGGUAUAUGACUUGAAUUGUGCGACUGAUAUCAAAGGACGACACUGGGACUUAAAGAGUGAGUCCUUAUUAAAUAAGGUUAUUGUUACCAGGAAACAGGCUGAUACCUGAUGACUUUUAUUUGUGGCAAGCUAGGCACUUUUGUUUUGAACUAGGCUCUAUGUCUGAUAAGUGAUAAUAGGCAUCAAAUAUGCACGCAUUAGUUGUUUUCUGGAAAGAGGAGCCUUAUUACUAAACACCCUGUUUUCUUUGGAGACACAUUUCAAUGCAAUUCUGACCCCUGCUCAAUCACUAUUCUAUUGCAAGACGCCAUUAUUGAGUACGGGGGAAUGAAGAGUCGUCGACAUUGACAUUUACAGGAGAAAGCUAUGCAGGGGAAUGAGCCGUAUUUUCAAAUAAUAACAUGUAUAUUUUUUUUUUCGCAUAACGUGAUCAGGAGGCGUACCAUAUCCCGCGCUGACCAACUCAGAGUUGUAUCGACUGCUUGGCACUGGUUAUCGCAUGGAAAGGCCUGACAUGUGCUCCGAUGAUGUGUACGUUUCUUGAUCAGAAUCGUCUUAGAACUGACAAAAAGAUUCGAUUUUUCCGUGCGUCUUUUUAGUUAUAAAUAGCCUUGAAAGUUGUAGAGGACAAGUCGGUUUCGAUUUUGACGUUUUCUUUGAUCAAAGUGAUUACUGAACAGACAGACGGCAAAAUCUUAGCUUAAAAAUUUGUUUCAUACAGUAAUAUGAUAGUGUUAUUUAACAGAGAUCGACAGAGCAGGAAUUAGCCUGCGAGCAAGCUCUCCAUUUGGGCGAGGAAAACGAACCGCGCGAGUACGCGCGAGCGGGGGGCCCCUCGCUGUCGUGUUUCCUCUCGCGUGUCCCACGUGCGUGUAGUUGAAGAGAUCCCCCAAAUGGAGAGCUUGCUUGCAGGCUUGGCAAGAAACCGACAAGCCUAAUGAUCCGGCGUGAGUGGCUCCCAGCUGGUCUAAAGGAAACCUCUUCCACUAAAUCGGAAAAACGGUGUCUAUACAUGUAAUAAUGGAUUGGAACUUUGACUAACUUCAAUUGGUUUGUUUUUUUUUUGUUUGUUUUUUUUUUGUCCAUAGCAGAUAUGAGCUGAUGGCUGACUGCUGGAAAGAGGAACCUCGCUCUCGUCCCAGUUUCUAUCAACUGAUCGAAAAACUGGAGGUGAUAAUGGAGAGGGAUGCACCAUACUUGCAUCUAAACGAACACAAUGAAGAUCGUCCAUAUUACAACGUGCCACCUGAAGCUAGUGGUGAUUAA